ACAGUUCCACAGGUUUUAGUCCGAAGAUCAAAGGAACAGACUAUAUGCUUUUUUGAUCAUAAAAUAAAACCCCAUGGCAGCGCCAUUCCUCCCCCAAUGCAGAAUGUCAAAUUGUGUUGCCAAAUGUUUGUCUCAUAACCUUAAAUUUUUAAAUAACAUUUGUACAACAGCGACUACCCCUCGUGGGGGAAAAUUUUUUGUAAAAAAGUUAUAUAAAUUGAAAACUUUUUGAUAUUGCAUAGUCAUUUUCCUAAAAUUGUGCAGGUAUAAUCUCAAAUUAACCAAUUAUUUCAAGUAUUAAAAAUGGGUAAUACAAUCACUAGUGUUAGUUUGGAAGCGGCAACCAAUAAGCCACAAGACCAUAUACACAAGGCUUCAGCGGGCGCUAACCCUCCACCAGAAUGCCCUAUGCACCAGAAGAGUGGCGCGGCAGCAACAACACAACCACCGCAGAAAAUUACCACAACCAACACUGCACCUAUAUCUGAAUGUCCAGUUCAACAUGAUAAAAAUGAUAUCAAUCCUCUUAAUAUGAUGCCACCGGCCAAUCAACAACCCGCGCCAGAUCAACCCUUUCCUCUAUCAACAGAACGUCAAACCUCUAGCAUACCAAAAGUAAGUGAAGAUGGUAGUAUGCAAUUCUGGCAAUAUCCAAGUCAGCAAAUGUUCUGGAACGCAAUGCUUCGCAAAGGCUGGCGCUGGAAGAACGAAGAUAUUUCACAGAAAGAUAUGGGUGACAUUAUUUUUAUUCAUAACGCUAACAAUGAACAAGCCUGGAAAGAAGUACUUAAGUGGGAAGCACUACAUGCAAAGGAGUGUGGCAAUCCCCGGUUGAAGAGUUUCGGAGGCAAGGCUGCCGAUUAUAGUCCACGUGCCCGUUUUCGUAGCUGGUUAGGUUAUGAACUGCCUUUUGAUCGCCAUGACUGGAUUGUGGACCGUUGUGGCAAGGAUGUGCGAUAUGUCAUAGACUACUACGAUGGGGGACUUGUAGACAAGGAUUAUAAAUUUGCAAUUCUGGAUGUACGCCCAGCAAUGGACUCUGUCGAAAAUGUUUGGGAUCGUAUGCGUGUCGCUUACAUGCGAUGGAAGUUCACAGCAUUAGACACGCUUUCAGGCAAUCGCAGUGAAUCGAAUAGUGGAAAAGUGGAUCACUAAAUUAAGAGCAAUUUAAUUGCUGACAAAUUGAUUUAAACUCGAGUUAAUUUAAUUUAUUUUACACAUAUUGGUCUACUUUUAAUUUGCUAUUAUAUUUAAUUGAUAAGGUACUAUGUAUGUACAUAUAUAAACUAAACAGUAACGAAGAAAAUUGUGCAAAUGUUGACUUCGGAGAAGGGUUUUCGAAGAUCAAAGAAUUAACAAAACGUUUCACUUGACAAACAACUUCCGUUAUCGUUGUCCGAAAUUUAAUAAAUACUAGCAAUUAGACGAAGUAAA